AUGGAGGAGCCAAAGACGGAGGUCAAGCAGCAGGGAGGCAUACGGUGGUGGUUGUGCUGCGGGGCUCCGCCGGGCGAGCGCAAACCGCGCGAACGCAAGCCGAAACGCGAGCGGCGUGUGCAUCGGCGGCGCCAUCGGCCCAAGUCGACAAGCGCAACCACAGCCCCGUUGCCGCCAGUCAAGGUUCUGUCCACGGCGGCACGCAGCGACGCGCACCCGCCGUCAAUCUUGUCGG